ACGAAUAAAACAAUAAACAAAACGCUUCAGUAUUAAUUUAUCGAUUCAGUUUGUUUCAUUUUGUGUUGUGACAUGUGACAUACGUGGUGUAUGGUUUGGCUUGUGUUUUUAUAAGAUUGUUUCCGUUCAUAAAUUUAUUCGUCCUGUGUUGUGUUGUUUACUAAAGUACUUAACAGUGUCUAUUGUGAAUAAUGAAAAGGUGUUUCUUGUGCAAGAGAAAGCAUGUGCAGGAGCACAUGCAGAACACGAAAUACACCCUAACCUAUCAUCGUUUUCCCAAAAAUAUUGAAACACGCUUGUUAUGGAUUAAGGCUUGCAAUUUGAAUGAAAAUAUCGAUGAUGUUUCUGCAUUGUUCAUAUGUUCUUUGCAUUUUGCUAUUGAUGAUUAUGUGGACUUGAGCGCUAAACAAUUUGGUGGUCUUACAAGGCUAAAACCUGGAGCUGUGCCUCAAACCAAAUUGAUAACCAACAAACUGCCGAGUUUACGCACCUGCAUUUCUAAACAAGAAUUGGUUUCCGCAGAUACAGAUGCAACUCAGAUAUUUACUCAUUUGCCUGGUACUUCAUCAAAUCUUGUCAAUAAGGAACCCAAUAUGUUCCCACUAGUUUCCGAAACAUAUGUCUGCCAGCCAAAUGCAGCAUUCGACUCGUUAGAUCUCCCUGCCACAAAUUCAGAAGAUGAACAUAAUCCACAAAGUCCAUGUAUUCCAAAGAAGCGAAAAUUCAUAUUACCUAGGCACAGUGGCAGUUUGACUGAAGAGGAUUUUGCAACGCCAAGAAAAGCUAAGAAAAAUUUGCAAUUAUUAAAGAACACUAUUGUCACGAAACAAAGGCAAUUAGAAAUUACGCAACGGCAGAACCGAAGACUCAAAAAAAAAAUUGCAUCUCUUAAAGAAUUACUGUCUCAUUUACACAGCAGAAAUUUAAUUACUGAAGGAGCUGAAGAAACGAUAAUGGUAGGUGUACCUUAAUUCUAACAGUAAUUUUAUGAUUUUAUGUUUAUGUACUGUACAGUUUUUCACAAAUAUAACUUUAUUUGAGAAUAAAACAAUGACCAAAUUAGGUAUCUCAACACAACACACCUCGCCUCUGGUCAUUCUCUUUCUCCCAUGCCCCUGCCUUUCAGUCCGAAUUUUCGCGCCUUGGCCUUCACUUCUUAUCGUUGAUUUAUAAACAACGGCUCCAGUUGAAAUAAUACCCUAACAGUACAUAGUAUAUUAAUUUGUGUUAAAUAUUGCUAAAACAAAAAUUGCCUACAUUUCUAUAGCUUGCUUAUGUGGUUUAUUUCUUUUCGCUUAGGUCGAUAUGCCAGUCAGUAAAAGAAAUAAUCGCAAAAAAAACAAGCAUUUGCCAGUUAUAUGUAAUAUUGUCCUAGAUGAAAUGUCUAUUAAAGAAUCACUUAGUUAUGACAAAAUUAGAUUUUACGGAGGUAUUGAUUUAGGGACAGAUUUUGAUCACGAUAACGAUAUGGCUGUAGCAGCAACUUCAGCAUUGAUUUAUAUGGCAGUAACACUUAGCGAUAACUGGAAAAUUCCUCUUGGAUAUUUUUUGAUAAAAGGUUUGAGUGGAAAGAAGAGGGCAAAUUUGUUUACAAAAUGUUUGGAGUUAUUUAAUGACACGGGGGCUAAAGUAUUUUGACUUACUUAUGAUGGUGCACCUGUUAACAUCACAAUGUGCACAACCCUAGGAGCAAAUAUACCUAUCCUUCAGAUAAAUUUCACCCCUGGUUUGACAACUCCUUUACUGGAGAACCAAUUUACACUUUCUGGGAUCCUUCACAUAUGAUCAAACUAGUCAGAAAUACCUUAGGCGAUAAGACAAUUCUGCUAGACAAAAAUCACAGACAGAUAUAUCGGGCCUACAUUAAAUCACUCCAUAAUUUAGAAGCAGAGCAAGGUUUGCUUGCUGGUACAAAAUUGACUAAAAAACAUGUAAAUUUUACCAAUUAUAAAAUGAAUGUAAAGCUUGCUACACAAACAUUGAGUGAAAGUAUUUAUAAUGAUUUUCGUUUUCUUAUUGAAACUAAAAUUUCUGGGUUUAAAGAUAGCAUGCCAACAGCAAUGUUUUGCUUUCAGUUUAACAACAUAUUUGAUUUGUUAAAGUAUUGUAUUUGAAGUAAUUAUAAUGUUCCUAUUUCUGUUGAAUCUGGAUAUGAACAGUAUAUAGUAAAUUUAAAAGACGGUUUUGGAACACCUAUAUUACAAACAAAAAGAUUUACAGGUUUCAAAGGAUUUAUUAUUUGCCCUCGAAAUAUAUUUCCUGUAUUCCAUACUGUACAUGAAUAUCUCUUAACAAUCAAAAUUUCACAGAACUUUUUAGAAACUUUUUUUAGUGCAGUAAGAAGCAGGGGAGGUUUUAACAACAACCCUACUGCUAAACAAUUUGAAUCAGCAUACAAACGUCAUUUGCCAUGAAAUCAGUACGUCAAAUGCAAAUUGUGCAGACGAUAACAUUCCCAUUUUGCAAAUUUCAUCAGCAAGACCAAAACUUGUUGAAUCGGCAGGCGACUGUAAUGUGCAAGCAGAUCUUCUUGACCACGACUAUUUGAAUACGUUGUGGACAUUGACACCCUUUGUAAAUAUCGUGAGGUAUAUAGCCGGAUUCAUUGUUCGCAAAGUAAUUAAGAAAAGUCAUUGUGAAACUUGCACUGAGCAACUUUUUGCUGAUGACAAUGAGGAAAAACCUGAUCUUAUAAGACUUAAAAAUAGAGGUAUUUUUUUAUAUCCCUCAAAAGAUGCCUGCGAUAUUUGUUUACAUGCAGAAAAGGUAUUUCGAGGACAUUACACAGAGCUAUUUAAAACUAAAAACAUUCCACAAUUUCUCAUUAAUAAAAUUCAUCGGGACGUACCUUCGUCAGUAUUUAGCUCUGUUGAAUUUACUAAACAUGUGAAAUUGCAGUCAUAUAUUUUUGGUUGUGUACUGGGCAACCACAGAACCCAAUUAAUUCAAAUGAUUAUAAAAACAUUUGUUACAAUCAGAUUAUUUCACGCGGGCAGUCAGGUUCCAAAAAGACGAUAACAUUUGCCAGAAAUAUACUCAAUUAAUCCUAUUUAAAAAUCAAUGAAUCUGCUUUGUUUUUACUUUUCGAUAUGUAUUUUCUACUUGAAUAUAGUAAUUAGUGUGUAGGCAGUUUGUAUUAUAUUUUAAGUGGUUAUUUCAUAAUUAUAUUUUUUGUCUGUAUUUAUUAAGUUCAUAAUAAAAU